UAGUCUGAAGCACCUGUGAGUACAGUUAGUGUAUAUUGGCUGGCAGAGUGAAACUUGCCGAGUCAGGAUUUGAGACCCGCAUAAGAUAUUUUUGCUGCAGUAAUAGCAAAGGGUUUUAUUUACUUCUGCCUGUACUCCGUUGAAUGGAUUUCAGCCUGGCCGUGAGACUAGAUUAAUUGGCUUUUUUCAGAGAGUGAAAGGGAACGGGGUAAAAAUAACGAAAUAAAAUAUCUCCUGUAUUUGUAUCCAACUGUCUUGGUUGCUCAUGGUCCCAGUGGAUUGGUACUUCACACUGUCUGUCUUCUAGGUUCUUUAGAACCUCCUUCUCUGCCAGUUUGUUUUUUAGUUGAUUUUUUUUUUCCAAUUGCACAUCUUCAUUCCUGGAAAAAAAUCCAUUCAAAAUUUGAGUUGAAUUUUUGUGUCCUCUGAUCGUAAGGCAAGAAGGUAAAAAAGAAAACUGAGCUUGAAGACCGAGGUUGGCUCAAUGUAUCCAGAAUCUACCACUGACUCCCCUGCUCGACUCUCGCUAAGACAGACUGGCUCUCCAGGGAUGAUUUACAGUGCUCGAUAUGGGAGUCCCAAACGACAGCUCCAGUUCUACAGAAAUCUUGGGAAAUCGGGGUUGCGAGUGUCCUGCCUUGGCUUAGGAACAUGGGUGACGUUUGGAGGGCAGAUUACAGAUGAGAUGGCAGAACAGCUGAUGACUUUAGCAUAUGACAAUGGCAUUAACCUGUUUGACACAGCAGAAGUCUAUGCUGCUGGGAAGGCUGAAGUUGUGUUGGGAAAUAUUAUUAAGAAGAAGGGUUGGAGGCGCUCUAGCCUGGUCAUAACAACCAAAAUCUUCUGGGGAGGAAAAGCAGAGACUGAGAGGGGACUCUCCAGAAAACACAUCAUAGAAGGUCUGAAGGCUUCCUUAGAACGGCUGCAGUUAGAGUACGUGGAUGUCGUGUUUGCUAACAGACCAGAUCCCAACACACCCAUGGAAGAGACGGUGAGAGCAAUGACUCAUGUUAUCAACCAGGGAAUGGCCAUGUACUGGGGAACGUCGCGCUGGAGCUCCAUGGAGAUCAUGGAAGCUUACUCAGUGGCACGGCAGUUUAACCUAAUCCCGCCGAUUUGUGAGCAAGCCGAGUACCACAUGUUCCAGAGGGAGAAGGUGGAGGUGCAACUCCCUGAGCUCUUUCACAAGAUCGGGGUUGGUGCCAUGACCUGGUCCCCGCUGGCCUGUGGAAUUGUUUCUGGGAAAUAUGAUGGCGGAAUCCCUCCUUACUCUAGAGCAUCGCUGAAGGGAUACCAGUGGCUAAAAGACAAGAUCCUGAGCGAAGAGGGAAGGAGACAGCAAGCAAAGCUGAAGGAGCUGCAAGCCAUUGCAGAGCGCCUGGGAUGCACCCUGCCACAGCUCGCCAUCGCCUGGUGUCUGAGGAAUGAAGGAGUCAGCUCCGUUUUGCUAGGCGCUUCCAGUGCAGACCAAUUAAUGGAGAAUAUCGGAGCAAUACAGGUUCUUCCAAAAUUGUCCUCUUCCAUUAUACAUGAGAUUGAUAGUAUUUUGGGCAAUAAACCAUACAGCAAAAAGGACUACAGAUCCUAACUGUGCCUACUGGCCCCUGGACUCACUCUCAACUCCUAGCCUUUUGUUUGCUUGCUUAAGCUUUACUGAAGCCAAUUGAAGAGUGUGAUUGGCAUCAAAAGAAUACAACAUGGCAAGAUGUGUUAGAGAAAUUGUGUAAAAUGUUGCUGCAAGAUGACAUAUGCUUAUUAUGUAACAUUUAUUUUGAAUGCAAGAAGAGUCACAGAUUGGGAAGGGUAUGUCAGAGCUGUGAUUUUACCCUCGAUGAUUGGCCUCUGUGCUUCCUUUUUUUAAAAGAAGAAACUACUUUUUUCACAAACACACACAGAAUAUCACUGCUUUUUGUUAAUUCCAGCUCCUAUACAAUGUGCUUGACUAUUCAGAUCUGACACAUACACCAUUUAACUGGAAGAAUUAGAGUCUCCAUUUCAAAAGCAAUGCUGGCUUUACAAGGAUCUGGCUACUGUGAGUGUGGGGGACUGUAUGUGGUAACAUCUAGGCUGUUUUGAGAAACAGCUGUUUUGAGAGUACUGCUUGCAUCUCCUAACUGGUUCUGUUCUUUAGUUCACUCUGUAUUUGUUUCUGUUGGAGAAGAUUGUAUUUUUUGAAGUAUUCAAAGUGAAUCAGCCAAGUUCUUGGCAAGCAGCUGUAAGAGUUCAUGCUCCACGAUUCAGUAGCCUCCCCGAGGCCUGCACUGGGGUUGGGGGUGUUUGUCUCGAUGCUUUUUUUUAUUUUUCUGGUGCCUCAUCUUGAUCUUCCGAGGUGGCGUUGCUAAUCACACAAGGCCUGAGCCCACUCAGUUCCAGUCAGGGGGCUUUCUCUCCCUGUGAACAGGCUAUGUCCUCAGCCCAAGCGCCUGUUGGCCUCAGUGGGCUUCCUGGCGUUUUGCUGAGGACAGAGUGCAGGAUGCAGUUUGUGGCUUUGAAGAGAAGUGGCGUGUUGGCAUUGAAGGCAUUCCAGUAAGAAUCCCUCACUGUGCUAGUGCUUUUCUCUCUAGCAGGCAGUGCUAUUUUAACAUGAGCAUCUUGUAGGUUUCAUUAUUUCCUCUGUAAUUCACUCAGGUCUAGGUUGUCACUGUAAACUUCAGAUUAGUUGUAAAUGUCUAGUAUAAACAUUGUACAUGUGAAACAGUGUAACUGCUUAGUAUGAAAGAGAGCAGAGACCUUCAAUUAAUCUGUCCAGGAAACAUUCCACUUUAAUUUUAGAUGCUUGAUUUCCUUAACACCCAGAAUCGAAUGAGAGAUUUCGUAAGCAACCUCUCGACCUGCGUGAUCCUGUCGUUGCUUUAAAAGGAGCAGGGCAGACAGGGAUUUAGUUUACAUGUGUUCUGAGGACAAUCCUAGAGAAUCAUUACCAGCUGCACACAAUAAAUGAUGGUAAUAAGCUAUUUAAUCCCAGUACCAAGAGGAUGUACCACCAGACUUGCGGCUGUGUCAGGUCUGUGGCCGGGUGCUGCUCAGUAACGAGGAUACUGCACACUGGACUGAACAGCUGUAGUGCAUAUUUUUGAGAAUCUUUUUGCCUUUGCAAACAAAAAAAAUAUUUUUUGUGUUACAAAAUCAUUAUUCUUGUUUCAGAUGCCUGACUUGUGUAGGCCGCCACCUAAUAUGGUACCAACUUUCCCCUAAAAUUUCAGACUGCAUUUGUAGAUACUUGCGUCACUGAUGACAUAUGUGCACAGCUCUCACUGGGGGAAAUACUCAUUUGAGCAGCAGAUAGCUUGGUCUCGCUUGCCAGAUGAAUUACUUCAGUAGACUGCUAGCUUCCCCAGUUCCAUUAAAGAUUAAGCUCAUCUUAAAAAGGAGGAGACUUUUUCAGGAAUUUAGACUAAGUGUUACAAUGUUGUGAGUCAACGUAAUAUAACAGUCAACAAAUACAUACUCAUUUCCUGUCGUAAACUCAGGUACCAUUGCUGGUGUUGUUAAACAGAUGCCACUUUCCACCCUAGAGGUGGCUGCAUUUCAUUGUUGGCUAGAUGGAUCCCUUUGGGAUGCUUCGGAAAAUCAGAUGCUAUAGGAUAAGCCAUUUCACACUAGGUGGUCUGAGAUGUAAAAGCCACAGAAGUUUGCAUUACUGUAGUAAUCGCAUACUUCAAUUUUUGGUAUAAUGUUGGCAGUAUUUUCUCAGACUAUUGCAUCGAUAACAAGGGGAGAGCUCCUGGGAGCUUAGAACAGAAUCUUAUCUGUAGUCUACCAUGUGGUUAGGUUUCUCCUAACCUUAAGGUGCAGAAUUACUCCAACACUUAUCUAAUAUGGAUUGUCCACAGAGAAGGCAGAGUAAUAUUUAUGAACUAUGACAAUGCAACAAUGGUGAGGAAUCAUUGUUCCCUGGCAGGAGUGAACACUUUCCAGGACUCUGACUGCAUUGAUUUAGGGUUUACAAAUAUCAGUGCUGCUUUUCCGUUUUUUCUCUUUCCAGGGGCAGCUGUUCCAAGCACAGAGCACUCCCCAGGCAGCACUUUAGGAGCUGAGAACUUGCUCUGAAAAUGCCCUUGCCUCUGUUUGGCGUUUGUGCAGAGAUUGUGUGUGUGUGUGUGUGUGUGUGUGUACGUGGGUCACACAAACCUCUCUAGCAGAGCAGUGACCUAACCCACAAAAAAAUCACACACAUCUAGUGGCAGGGCUUGAUCUGGUUCCAUUAAGGCAUUUUAAAACAGCCCUUAGCUGUGUCCUCCCAACACCUUAGGUUACUGCAGUGGGAGGAGAACCAGCUAACUUGUGGAAAGCUGAUUCGCUCUGACACUUUUUGUCUUGCUCAUUUUAAAAAGGCAUUUCUACACCCCCCACGGGACUGGUCUCUUUGCAGCCAGGCAUGUGGGCUCAGGCUGUGUCAACUUAGUUCCCAGCCCAGGGGGUAGAGGCCUUGGCUCAAUCCCCAGUGCAGACAGCCAAAUUGUGAUUUGCACCCAUGUAGUUUAUUCCUGAUUGACUCUGCAAAUUAGAAUAGAAAUGACACCUGCUUCUGCCUCUGCUGGUCUGCAGCAUGGGUCUGUAACCUCACUGGUGCCCAGAUCCAGUGUAACCAAAGGGCCAUAAGACCAAUGUGUGCAAUGCUGUCUUGCCCAGCCACUGCUGUUCCUGCUCCCCCAUCACUAUCCAGUCCCAGCCCCUGCCCUAUUGUAAUCAGUCCCUGGUUAUGGCCACAAAAUGCUGCUCUGAGGACUGUGCAUGUGGCUGCCCAGUUUUUCAGGCCUGAUGCUUGUUGCUACUGAAUUUAAAUUUCCUAGUAGAGUCUGUACAACUUUUAAUCCAGCCUCAAUUUGUAAGCUGCUGUAAAAAUGCAGUGGGUCAGUUGCAUAGGGUAAUAGCUCCCUGCAGCACUGCAUGUGCAUUGGGGCGGGCUUUUCUGGCAGGCAGGAUGGGCAAGAGCCUGUCUCAAUGCUCUCUGUUCAUUGUGCUGGGCUGUGCACCCAGGUAGGCGGCCACGGCACCAUCCUGCCAAAGUUCCAGCUUGGCCUUCUCACUCCAGCUCUGCAGGCUGGGGCGGAGGGUCUGGGGCCAUAACCUCCCCCGUGCUGCACACCCACCCGGCUGAACCGCAGUGGAACUCCUGAGCCUGUCUAUCCCAAGCACCUAGGGUGGCAAGGGAAGGAGGCACAGCUGAGCAAAUUGGUUGGUUACUUCUUUCUUAGGCCCCUGGGCACUUGCAGAACAUUCUCCCCAGUUUAAAGAUAGGAAUCUGUAAUGUAAGUGCCUGAGAGGGUCCCUUUUACCUGAACGCACACAGUAGGCGUGUACAGGAGCACCCGGUGCAGGGUGUUCUCCAGUGACUCCACCCCAGUGUGAGCAGCAACAAGGGCAGUGGAUCAGCAUCUGCUCUACCUGCCGGUCGUAUGUUCCAUAAAGCAGGUCAGGUGUCAGGCCUGCCCUCUGCUAGAAACACAGAAGCUGUUCACUGCAGUGGCUGUGCACUAGCACAGAGGGCUGGGACCAUCAUGAGACUUUGGGGAGGAGGGUGGUUGUUUGUAAAGACCCCAUUAUUUACUUCUUGGUAAUAACUUAAGCCCAGUGUGGAGUUGCUGAGUCUAAUAACAUUAGCGCCUUGCUUCUUGUCUGUUACAAAAGUGUUCGUCAGGGCCAUUUCUUCCUCAGCCUGCACACCCGGUACAGAGACUGGCCGCAUGCCAUGGAUGGCAGUCCUGCACAGCUCUGACCAGCCCCUUGGAUUCCAGGCCUUAAGGUGAACUCAAGAGGCCAGGCAGGGUCCUUCGGGCCUGGGUGUGAGUGAAUUGCAGUCACGCGGGUUUUACCAAAUGCCCAAAGUCAUUGUUACCUGCUGACAGUGCUGGGCCAGCGCAUCCAUCAGUGACGCUAAGCUCAGCACUUGAAUUUCAAGAACUGACUCAAGGAUUUGGCAGGACUGAUGACUGCAACCCUUCACCCUGACCCCCCGCUCCUUCUGCUCCCUGGGGCAUAGCAGGCCUGUUCCUAACCCAGUGUAAAUAUAUAUUUACAUGGAAUGUGAUCGCCCGCUGUUGUGAGCAGGCGAAUAAAUGUCUAGCUUAUGGGCCCUGCGAAAGGGCCUGCUGCUGGGGUAGCGGCUGCCCUUGGCGCAGUGAGUAGUUGCCUUUAGUGGUGUGGUGGUGGUAAUCCCAAACAGAAAUGCCCCAGAAAAGUGCAGGAUGUUGGGCUUGCUCCCCAGUGGAAGGCAGGAGUUCAAAUCUCUCCUGUGUGAGGAAUGAUCAGAGAAAGUUCCCCACAGGGACGGGAGAGUGUGAGGUGCUGACUCAGCCUUGCCUGCGAUUGCACGUUAGUGGCUGUUGUUUGCCUGGCUUGUCUAAUGUUACCUGCAGCCCCAGUGUCCCUAGGGGGCACUGUGUAGUGCUGCACUUGUUCAAAUGAAAGGGGGAGGGACCACCCCCAGACACCAACCCCUGCUCCUAUGGCCCUCGAGUAAUCCUUCCCAGAGCUGUUGGAGGGUCAGACCAGAAAACCCCUCGGUGUCCUAGCCCCAGGGAUUCUCUCUGGUUCCUGUGUACGAGGAGUGUACUGUGGGUGAGCAGGUGCGGUCUGGCUGUUGUGUGUGUGCUCCUGUGCUUUCGCCACCAUUCAGCAAGCCCUGCUAUUCACCAUGGAAAAUUCCGCUGCACCCAGUAGCUGUGAAUACCCAACACCAGUUAUUGUCCUGUCCUAUGGUCAAUCCUUGUAUGUAAAUAAAGCACUUUCUUUUUAGAGAGAGAGAGAGAUGUCUCUAGGACUGUGAUUAUACUAGCUCUAACUGCAUAAACAAUAGGCAAAGCCAGCUGGCUGCAUUGUGCUGCUGAAAGAUGAUUGUGACUAAUAUUCAGCUACUGUAUUUAUGGAAUGACAAAAUAAAAGACCAGCCUAAUAUGUCUGUA